ACCGUUGACGCUGGUGUUUGAAGACUCGUCCAGCUCGCCUGCAUUCCUCCUCUCUCUAAAGCCUGACCGAUAGAGACAGAGGAAAGAAAAGAGGGGGGAAGAAAGAAAAAAAUAAAAAAAAAACACCAAUUAUUAUUCACAACCGUGUUGGAUUUCUAUGAACCGACUUCACAACCGGGAGCAGAUAAAAAAACCUACCAAAAAACCCCCAAAAAACAGAAAAAACAAACCACGUCGAGGACUGCUCCUUUCGGACCUACAAUAACGACACUAAAAAUGGCGUGUUUUUCUUUUUAUAAAGACGGGAGCUAACGUCGCGGUGCCGGGUGUAGGUCAGCUAGAGAGACGCAGCUUUCAGUGAAACAGCCUUUCCACGACGGAUAUCUCCUUUUUUUUAAUUUCUUUUUCUUUUUUUCUAAAUGAGGAUUUUGCAAGAUGGCUGAUGACAGCUACCCCUAACAAGGACAGAAAAAAGCGACGUCCCCUUUAAGAUUAUCAGGGUAUAUAAAUAUAUAUAUAUAUAUUUCUAUUAGUUUUAAAAUCUAUAAAUCAUGGCUGCUUUUUAAAGAUAAUGACUGUAGCUUGUGUUAGCAGCCACUGGGAGGGGAAAAAAUAAUUGUUUUUUUUUAUUAUUUGUUUUUAUUUUUAAUCUGCACCUGGGUAGAAAAUGGUGAGGUGACGUCUGAAGGUAAUUUACACGAUUUUUAAUCCAGAUAAGGAAGUGAGGAAGAAUAUGUUGUUGGCUAAAGGUUGAGGCGACAAUAAGGUGGAGAGCAAAGUAAGUGAAGGGGGGGGAGAAGAAUAUAUAUAUAUAUAUAUCUAUAUAUAUAUAUAUAUAUUAAAAAAAGAGGCCACAGCUGGAUAUAAAUACUAGUAAUAAUCUGUGUGUCAGGAGAUAUUUGAUAGAAAAGAGGCUCUGCAAACAGCAGCCAACAUUCCUGCGGAUCCUAAAACCCUUUGUUUUGUGCGCAGGAGCUGGACUCGACUAUUAAAACGAUUAACUAUGCAGUAAACAGGCUGGUAGAUGAUGGCCCGGGUAUGAUUUUCUAUUUAAUGAGAUUAUAAAGGGGGGCUUUUUGUUGUCGAGAAAACUGGUUAACAAAAAAAAAAAAAAAAAAAUAGGGGGAGGAAAAAUAAGAAUAAGACGAGGCCUUGUGUACAGAAAUGCGAAGCCACAUUGAUCAGAUAGAAAGGAGGUUUUUUUGAAGGGCUGCAGGUGACUGUGGUGUUUUUUAAUCUGACCUGUGAAACUGCAUUUGUCGUCCACUGCCGUCGUUGUAUGUAUGUAUAAUUAAAUUGCAGGUGGAGGCUCCUCGGAUACUUAUUUAUGAUUCAGCGGACAAAAGCAUUGCGCUGUGAUUAUUGAGGUGGUGUGGUUGGGGGGGGGAUUCAAGCGUCCUUGAGGUCCUGAUAAAAACAGAUUCAGGGGUUUUUAAAAAGCUUAGUGUGUAUGUGUGUGUGUGUGUGUGUCUGUGUGUGUGAAUAGUAAUCAGGGUGUGGACUGGAGCUGUCCCCCCUUUUUUUUUCCUCUUCUCGUUGGUUUUGUUGGUCUGAAUUGGUCCCACAGUCAAUCAUAAUCCGACGUUGAAGUGAAGGGAAGCUCUCAAAGGUAAGGGCCCGAAGCAGGCUGCAUUAAAGGGGGUGGUGGGUGGGGGGGAGAGAGAGAGAGAGAGAGAGAUAUCAAGUGUCUUUUCAUGUGCUAUACAGAGAUUGAUUCACGAUAUCAUGGGAGUAAAUUGUUUAGAUGUUUAGUUCUUCUGUGCCUUGUUUGCAUUUCACGGUUUACCUGUAGCUGACAGGCUUUUUUAGCUUCCUGUAGGCCUAUAAACACACACAGAAGCUGUAAAGGCAGGCCCACUGUGUGUAUGUGUGUGUGUGUGAUUAAAGAGGAAAGGAAAGCACCGUUUACUGUAAUCUGUAUAACGUCAGCCCCUGCUGUGUAUGUGUGUGUGUGUUGAAAUCACCAAGGUGUUGUCAUCCUCGCCUGAAGCCUUCUCUGGUCAAUUUUUUCUGGAAUUUGCCUUCAUGCUGCAGCAAUAAGCAAUACUCGGCCGUCUGUCAGGGAGACUCGUCUAAUUUGGUUCACAAGGGUUGAAGUAUACGGACUGAUCUUUUGUUUCUUAAGGACGACACCGGCUCUGGUUUUAAAAUCUUUUUCUCAAGACUCAUUUAAAAGUAAAAACAAGGGUCAGGUUUCCUUUUUUUUUCCGAGGCCUAGAGGUUUGGUCAAAAGUGGAAAACCGUUAGUGUAUGCCUGCCCGCACCAUGAUGGCCUCUGACAUGGCUGAGACGUGGAGGAACUGUUUUGAGGAGGAGCUCAUCUGCCCCAUCUGCCUGCACGUGUUCUCAGAUCCCAUCCAGCUGCCCUGCAAGCACAACUUCUGCCGGGGCUGCAUCAGCGAGGCCUGGGCCAAAGACUCCUCGCUGGCCCGCUGCCCCGAGUGCAAUCAUGCUUACACACAGAAGCCCAGCCUGGAGAAGAACCACAAACUGUCCAACAUAGUCGAGAAGUACAACGCCCUGAGCGUGGAGAAGCCCACGACGCCGGCGCUGCAGUGCAUCCUGUGCCGCCGAGGCCCGCCGCUCCCCGCAGUCAAAGUCUGCCUGCGCUGCAACGCCCCGUGCUGCCAGUCCCACGUCCAGACGCACCUGCAGCAGCCGUGCUCGGCCCUCGGUCACCUGUUGGUGGAGGCCGAGGCGGUGAAGGCCUGGACCUGCCUGCAGCACGACGAGUACAGGCUGUACCACUGCGAGGCCGAGCAGACGGCGGUGUGUCAGUACUGCUGCUUCGCCCGCUGUCACCCCAGCCACGGACACGCUGUCACCGACGUGGAGCUGCGACGCAACGACAUCAGACAAAGCCUACUGAGGCAGCAGGAGCGCGUGGAGGAACGAGUGCAGGAGAUCGAAGAGCAGCUCUGCAAACUGGACUCUGACAAGUGUGUGGUGGAGGACAGAGUCUGCGAGCUGAAGGAGGAGGUGCGUCUGCAGUACCAGCGGAUGCACCAGCUCCUGGAGGAGGAUCUCGGUCGGACACUGGAGGCUCUGGACCGGGCUCAGGCUCGGUUCUGCCAGGAGAACGCCGCCCAGGUUUUGGCUCUGGGGGAGCAGCGCCACGAGGCCCAGAAGCUGCUGAGCUCCAUCCACACGGCCUUCAGUAAGGCAGAGGAACUGAGCUUCAUGAAAAACACCAAGCCGGUUAAAAUCCUCACAGACAGGUCUCAGGCAUGUGUGGGCAGCAGUCUCCCUCCUUAUAAAGUGGGGAAUCUAAACUCUAAACUAUUCCUCUCUGAAAUCUCAAAGAGAGAGAAGAGCUUGAAGAGAACGCUGGAAGCUCCCCUCACACCUCCCUCGACCUUCCUGCAGUCUGUUCCUGCGUAUCCCAGCGGUCAGAGCUCCGGCUCCGGCGCGGAGAAACGGAAACAUUCCACUGCCUUCCCAGAGGGGAACGGGAACGUCGGAAAAAACGCCGCUCCCGGUUUCAAGGACUCUUCUUCCUCUUCCUCAUCUUCUUCUUCGUCGUUAGCCAAACAGCCCUACCUGGGCUCCGGCUCUGCCUCUGGAGAAGGCCAGUCUACCAAUCAGCAGCCUCUCGGCCCCUGCGGCCCACCUCACAUCGGCGAGAGCGGCGGGACGGGAAGCGGAAGCGGCUCUCUGACCAACCACCAUUCGGGCUCCGUGUUCGGCUCCUCGCACUUUCCUCCCGGAGGCAGCGGCGCCUCGCACUCCUCCCAGCAGGCCGUGCUGCCUCAAUACGGCGGCCGUAAGAUCCUGGUGUGCACGAUGGAUAACUGCUACUGCUCCGGAGUGCCGUCGGUGUCGGGCCACCGCAGCCACCCGCCGUACCCGCGCUCUGGCUCUUUCCCCUGGGUCAGCGCCCAAGACUACCCCCCUCCUCCGGGCCUGGCCUCUGGAGGUCCGUCCAUGCAGGGCUUGGCAGUGAGGGACUGGAUAGACGCCUCACAGACACACAGACAUGCAGAUUUUUACGGGCUGUAUGGGCAGCCCUCUACAAAGCACUAUGUCACCAGUUAACAGAGUAGACACACACACACACACACACACACACACACACACACACACACACCUGGAUAUAGAGACAGGCACCAAUAGCACACCUUUACCGUCAUAUUAACCGGAAAAAAAACACCAUGCAGUUAUACUAUACACACAUUAAAAUAUUUAAAUUUAUAUCCACACACACACACACACACACACACACACACACACACACAGAUCUAGAACAUGUAUACACAUUCGGGGGCAGGGUUUGAUCUCUUUGUGUUUUUUAUUUCCGUUUUAUUUCCUUUUUAUUUCUCUCUCUCAUGUAGUGUAACUAUAAUGCAGCCGCUCACUCUGGCACAACUUAGCUCAGCGUUUGUUUGUUUGUUGAUUUUUUUACACAUAAACAAGAAAUGAGAGAGGCCUAAGAGGAGAGUGUGACAUGCAUCUGUUUUUAUUUAUAGGGGUUAGGAGACGGAUUGAUAGAAAAAUGAACUUUUAUUAGGAAAUCUUCUCGUGGCGUCUUUCACGGCUUUCUUACUGACGCUGAAGGGAAAAGAGACCGAGCAGUGUUGACCUUUCCAGUUUAGCGCCUCAUGUUUUCUCUGAUAUAAUCACCCCUCCAGUUGUACUGAGGUCAGUUGCCUUAUGUUAUUAGCAUCAUAUUUCUCUCUGCCCAGCUCAGUUUGAUAGAUUUCCCCCCCCAUCAUUGUCUCUUUUUGAUUUAUUUUAUUUUUAUUUUUAAGUCGUCGUGGCACCUCUUCCUUUCUUUGCUGAGUUCAGGGAUGGAUCGUACGGCUUGAACACAAAACGCUCUUCCAUGGAACACCCACAAUGCACUUGUGGACUGCCUUGUAAUGCCUGGACUACAGAUGCCGACCCCCCCCACCAAUAGAGCUGCAUCUGAAGGGGCCGGUCGACCCUGGAGUUUUGGGAAUUUUGGCUUAUUCCUAGCACUCCCUUCCUGCUUCCCAGGCUUCCCACAGGACAGAAAAAAAACCCGUGUUCUGACAAAGACUGUUUCAUUUAGUUAUUCCUAUGACUUUGUGUUAUUUGGUACAUCUGUAGGUUUCACGCUUGUCUAGAGAGACUCUUUGAUUUUAGAGAAAAAGGCGAGACUGGACGAGAACCAAACGAAUCGAGCAUCUGGAGGAUCUGAUGAUGCUGUAAUUGUACUUCCUGCAGGGCAAAGAUGUCACUUCCUCUCAAUAAGCACACAAGCUCUCGGCUUCCUGUUUGCUGCUGAAAGCAUGCAAGGAAGAGUUUUUUUUAAAAAGCACUCAAAAGAAGAACAAUAAGGGGGGAUUAAAAAUGUAUGCAGUUUUAAAAACAAAAAAAAAAUGGAAAAAAAAUGAGUGUAUGAAAGAAAAAAGACGGCGGGAGGAAUUUUUUUCAUGAACUUUUUCUAAAAGAAAAGACUGGACUGCGAGGUGUAAGCAACUGUCAUCAUCCUAAAACGCGGCUGUUGUGACGGUCGUAACGUAAAGAUGAGAAAAAAAACAACAUAAAAGUAUCUUUUUUUGUAAAUAUUUUGUGAAAUGGAAAAAUUACAGACGUGAUUUGGAGGUGGAUUCCAAAUAAACGAACAAAUUUAAAAA